UCAACCACAUUUCUCUCAACCAUAUAUCUCCAGAACAUUGCAGAAAUCGAGAGAGAGAGAGAGAGAGAGCUCAAAUCACAAAAGGGUAGCCAUGGUGAUGUCUGUGUUUCUGAGUUUUAUUUUCCCACCACCCCCAUCACUUUUCAUCAAGGCCAUGUCAGUUGUGAGCUUAACAUCAUUGGCUUAUACUGGGUUGUCGGAAGCAAGAGGAAAGCACUUGAACUACUCCAAAUUUUGGAAUGCAAAUUCUCACCAAUCUAUAACAAAAAUUAAACUUUCUAGCAGAACAGGCAUGCUCUUUCUCUAUACUCCGGCGUUUCUUGCUGCUCUCACAUCCUUUGUGCUUUUCCCAUAUCAUGAUUUCCGAACUCUGUUGCUUAAGUCAGCUCUAGCCCUUCAUUUCUUUAAGAGGAUCUUUGAGGUGCUAGUUGUCCACCAAUUCAGCGGCGGGAUGAUACUUGAUUCUGCAAUUCCUAUCUCUCUUAGCUAUUUCUUGUCUACUGCAAGCAUGAUUUAUGCCCAGCACGUAUCACAAGACAUUUCAGAGCCACCAGUUGAUCUGAAGUAUCCUGGAAUAUUGUUGUUUCUUAUAGGAAUUGGUGGCAACUUUUACCACCAUUACCUCCUCUCUAAACUGAGGGGAAAAGGUGACAAAGAGUAUAGGAUUCCAAAGGGUGGCUUGUUUGACUUAGUGAUAUGCCCACACUAUCUUUUUGAAAUUAUAGAUUUCUUAGGGAUCUCUUUUAUCUCCCAAACACUAUAUGCAUUCUCCUUCACUUUAGGCACUAUUUUUUACUUGAUGGGAAGGAGUUAUGCCACCAGGAGAUGGUAUCUCUCAAAAUUUGAAAAUUUUCCCGAGGAUGUUAAGGCUCUCAUUCCAUAUCUUUUCUAAAAACUCUGUUAAAAGAUUGAUAGUUUGAAGAUAUAUGUAACUUGUCGUUUUUAGAUUCCUCUUGUAAAAGAUUUGUUGUUUGAUAAGUGAGCACCAAAGUGGUGUUAAGAA